UCCAACAUGUAUUAUUUUUAAAAAUCUACAAAUAAAUUGCAUUUCGUUAGGUGCUAAAUAUUUACAAGAUUACACAAGGAUAUUGUGUCAUAAAUAUUUUCAGUUGAAAUUUAAUUGGAUUAUAAAGCAAUGAGCUGUUUUUCCCUGUAAACUCUUACAGAAAUGUCUUCUAUAAAACUACGAAAAAAACAUAUCGCAACAACGCAUUUAAUUUUAGCUGAUACAAAAAAAAAAUUGCAAAAUAGUGGAAAAUCAUAUCAGUGAUUCUUUCCGUGAAAAACACGGGUAAUUUCUCGACGACGUGUCUUUCGCGCCCUCUGCGCCCAAAUGUGUUAGUAAUGAGCCAAUCCUAGUUGUGCUCAGGGCGCCAACCCUGAGUUCUUCCCUAGGAUCUUUGACUCCUCCCCUAUAAACAAGAAACUGUCGUGAAAUGAGAAACAAGCAAGGCAUGCAAGUAACAUUUAUAUAUUGAAUACCUUAUAAAGAUAAAGGUCUUACCCCACAACCUGUUAUUCGUAUAAUAGAAAAUUGAUCAAUGAAUACUGAUACGCAUUGCCUCAACAUUUCAACAACGUUAUUGUGAGAGAAAAUCCUGAAAUCAGUCAUUGUCGGUCUGCCCGGUGCUCACGCAUAUGUUAUAUUUCCACGACAAAGCUGACCAUAUUUUAAGUUGAAUGGUUUAAAUUGGUAAUAUUUUUAUUUUAAGCAGCAGAAAUGCAAGAACCUGGUAAGCAGAAGCAACAGUACGUUCUGACAAGGGCAAAGCUUGAACAGCAGCCGGCUGAUGAUAAUGGAUGGCUCAACCAACAACAGAAGAUGAUGAGAUCACAUGAGCAGUUCGCUUUGAGGGUGACGCAUUCUUUCCGGUGCAACGAAGAGCCAUGCACCCCUAUUUGUCAGGAGACAAAGGUGGUGUUGCGGCACAGGAUGGCCUGCACGCUCAGAGACCAAAACAAAUGUUCUACCUGCAGGAUAAUAGAUCGUUCGUGCAAACGCCACGUCAAGCACUGCGAUAUGGGGGACAAAUGUCGGGUUCCUUUGGCCUUCUGCGCCAAGAUAAAACGGAAACUGAUGCAGCAGCCAACCCCAUGGAAAGUGAAAGAUAUCGAGGCAGGACCUAUGCCAAUAGGCAAGGAGUGGCACAAAGAGGUCAGGCUAGAAUUUCGGGAUUACACUGUCCAGAAAAUAUUUACUGUUCUCGCUUCCACUCCAUAUGAAUUAGAACUGGUGAUCCCAAGGAACAUACGAAUGAGUGAGUUUGCAAGACAAGCUGCGAAAAUUGAACUUGAGAUGUUUAAAAUGGCUACGAGUAAGCAUGACUAUCAUUGUCUAAUUGCGAACAAGAUUUACAACAUGGAAAGUGAUCAAGAACGAUCUAUCAAAGCUACAAGGCGUAAUUUACCCUUUACAAUAAAGUACAACAAAAGAAAUAUUGACCAACUGCCCUCAAUGGCGGGUCUUCUACCUCCAAAAAAACCGAGGAUGACAUUGCCUAAUCUAAACCAACAGCAUCAAAAUCAUUUCUGCAAUUGCAGUGGUGGAUUGUAAAUGGGUAUGCUAUCUUUACCUGUCUCUCUAGCUUUGGUACAGCAGAGAAAGCUGGAUCAGUUGAAGAUUUAUGUUGCUGUUGAUUGGUCUUCAAUUCCUAACGUGAUUGAGCGAACCCUUAUGAACAUGCAGGAUAAGUUUGAGGUCAUGGACGGAAUCGAAUAAUAUUGUUGCAUUGACUUGGAAUAAACUUAAAACAAAAGCCGCAUUUCUUUAAUUUUCUACAGUUGCAUUUUAAAACCGAACAACUCGU